UUCACUGUAUCGAUGUCUAAAAUAUUCUUUACAAGCUGCUUGCUUUUGGUUUUAUGGUGCCAUCAUUAUGCCACCAGGAGGGUGGUUACUACAGGUUAAGGUAUUGACAUGAGUGAAUCUGGUAGCUGCUGCCUCACCAGUUUCAUGAAUGAGUCUCAAUAUGUAGGUGCUGCAACUGAGAACCCAACUACUGGUACACCACCUGGACACCAACAAAUCCAGGCUCGGCAACAGCAAACACAAAAACUUUCCCUGAAGGAAACUGCAGUUGGUCUUGUGCAACAACAGCAGAUAAAAAGUGUACGAAAUGAGCAGCCUGGUGUGGGAGACUGUACAGCAAGAGUAGCAGAAAGAAAGUAGCGAUGGUUAGGAUUCAGAGGUUGCAUUUGGAAACUUGGAUGCCAGUGAACUGUCAUUCUUACAGACGCAAAACCGAAACUCAAGCAAGGUGUUGUCGUUAUUAAGCAGUAGCGUCUGCAGCAACAAAAUCAUUCGCAGCUGGCACCACCGAACAUGAAGGAGCAACUGCAGGGACAACCCCACCAGUGCUAAGCAGCUAGACACAAACAAAAGCAGGCAUGGCGAGUUACAGAGAGCAGAAACAGUCUGCAUCACUGAAUCAGUCCUAUGAGCAAGAGUAUCCAUCUCUCUCAUCAUCACAAAGUAGGAGCUCAAAGCAGCAGCAGCAACAGAGACAAAUGGAUGCAGGCAUGAUGAGUUACACUAGAGACAAGAGAGCCAGACAGCAGAAACAGUCUGCAUCACUGAAUCAGCCCCAUGAGCAGAUGGAUCCAUUUCUCUCAUCAUCACAAAGAAGAAGCUCAAAGCAACAAGCUCCAAAUCAGAGCACCCUAGAUGAAGUGGCCCAGACCCUUAUUGACAACCUUGCUGCAGCCAAUGAGCUGGUGACGGUGGAACGCGUGGUGGAACUUCUCAUGCAGCAUUUUCAGGCUGCCAGCUUGCAAAAUCUGGGGCUACGAAACGAGAACCAACUACCAGCCCUGAAGCAGUUGAUGAGGCUCCAGUCCAAAGUCAAUGUCUUCAUCCAGGCAUUUGUCAAAGUCAGGGCCAUAUGUACCCUCCAUGAGCUCAGGGAAUCCCUAGCGAUGGUAGAUGCCCCAACCGGUUCAACAGAGAAGCUUGACUAUGCUGCCCUUCACCUAGGUCCCUUAUCCAAGCAGCCCCUGGUCUAUCAGUUCUUUAAGUUUCCACCAACCAAAGAUGACAGCGAUAUCCCCAAGAUCACUACCAUUGAUGUUUUGGAAGUCCUGAACAGAUUUCUGACUGCCAAAGAUCUGUGGAGGGAUCGUGUCAAGUUGGAGGACUUUAUGGAGUAUGUUGUAGAAGAGUACGAUUUGGAAGGGCCGUAUGACUUGGGCUUGCGAAUCCAGAGUGUUGCUCUUGGCAUUUCAGCCCUCAAGACUGCCAAACGUGAACAGAAAACAACCAUGGACCGGGCUCGUGAAAAUAUAAAGACUUCCAUGACUGAAGAGGUGACCUCCGCAAUAGAGAAAAUCCACAAAGCUGUGAUAUCACCUGCAGACAUUACCGGGCACCAGUUCCCCCCGGGCCCUAUGCUGGAGGUGCGGCGCCGCUACUGCAGCGUGACAGCAGCAGAGGCGGUGAACAUGGUGUUUGACAAUGCCUGCGAGCUGACUGUCUACAGCAGGCAACUGAAGCAGUUCUGCUUGGCGCUGAAGAGCAUGGUGAUGGACAGGCUCAGCCGGUCGCUGUUCCAGUUGGCUAUUUGUAGUGGUGACCUUAGUCGACCCAGUGACCUUCCACAGGGGAUUCUGGAUUCUGAAGACGAAGAUAAGGAGGAAAGUGGUCCUGAUGAGGAGGAGAGAAGCCCAGUCAAAUCAAAACCGACUGAAGAUCAAGUCCGCCAAGAGCUGCAGCGUUACCUGGAACGUAUUCAGCAUGGAAAUGUCAAUCUCAAAGACCUUGCCCGCAUCGAGGACAAACUUUGCAAGCAUUUUGACUUUCAGGACUUUGUGUCGCUCAGCCGAGCCAGGAAAACCUUCCUACAAUUCCUCUCACUGGAUCAUCCAGAGGUUUUGGAGAGUGUUGGCGGUACCCUGAUGGGGCUGGUAUCCAGCAACCCCAGCCAGGGGUCCAUCUACAGACCCUCACGCAUGGAUCUGGUGGAAUUCAUCCGACAGUGCGACCCUUGCAAAGAAUCUCAAGACACCCUGGAUAUCUGCCUGUGCGCCCACUACCAGGUCAGCAGUGUGGAGGAGCUAGGACAUGGACCUGUCAAUCGGCUGAGUCAACAAAUCAUCAAGAUGGCCAAUAAGUUAGGCCAGCAAGAGGAGCAAAAUGCCGUCAUCUACGAGACAGCAUUGUGUGCAUCAAAUAGGCGGAAUGAGAGUAAACGCAAGGAGGUCGGCUUGUUUGGCUCUCAGAGCCUGGAGAGCGCCAUCGCCUGUCUGGCCUCUGCCCCUUUGCUGGAGGAUCUAGCCGAGUGGUCUCAUUGGUCGAUGGUCUUUGAGCCGGAACAUGGAAACCUGAAAGCAUUUCUGGAACGAAAUCCUGGUCAAAGUGUGUUGCCACCAAUAGAAAUCAAUGCCUUGGAGGUCCAACCAGGAGUCCUGCUCCGAUUGGCUGCAGAGACGUCACCUGACUUGUUUGCCACAGCGGCAAAGCGAGGUGACAGUGUCACAGCCAGUGGUCAUCUUGUCUCUUUGGUGGCCAAGGAGGGCCCUAGCAACACCCCCCUGGCAUUGCUUAGCAACCACAUGGAGACGGCUCUGAAUGUUCUGGCUGUUGAGUCUGAGGGAGAGGAGAUGAAACACUGCGCUGUGAUUGGUUUUGUGCGGGACUGCCUACUGGCUGUGCCUCUCCUCAUUGGACAGACAGUUGUUAGGCAGGUCAUCUUAAAUCCCCUGACAACCGUCAUUGGGUCAGAGGUCAAAUCAAGACAGUUGAUUCUCAAGGCCUGCCGCACUACCACCCAGAGGACAAAAAUCCAGAGGCUGGGGCUCCUGCUAGGCAUCAGCCAAUGGAAAAACAGCUUCACAGAGGAAAGGAUGCCCCGGAAGAUGGAUAAGGAGGAAGACUAUGAAGAGGACUUCUUCGGAAAUGAUGAAGAGUUUGACUUCAGUAACUUGCUUGGGAUUCACAAAGCUCCAAAAACUACCAAGGCAGCAGAAAGUCCUUCAACCGCAGAGGUCAGUCCUAUUGACACACCAUCCCUUCAAGAUACUGAAGAGCUUUCCCAGACAUCACUGGAGAGGGGAGAUGUCCAAGACAACCUUGAAGGGGAGGAGACGAUCGAGCAAUUUGAAGAUGAAUUUGGCAACCUCAUUGAAGCAAGUUGUGAAGGUGAUGAAGAAAAUAUGGAAGUUCAAGAGGACAUAUAUGAAAGAGAAGGUGAUGCUGAUGAUUCUCAGGCAGUGGGCACAGGAGAGGACACCUCCUCCCUUGACGAGUGUUUGGAUGCAGAUGCUCAGCCUCUAAACAAAGAAACAAUCCAGACUGAGGAUGAAACGGAACCAGAGCCCAACCUGACACCAUUCCAGCGCGACGUGCUGGACUGCCGGGCAGUGAUCCACAGCAUCUGCCGUGAUGAGUUUGGCGUGGGGAUGGAGCUGGAUGAGCAGACCAAAGGACUGAUGGACCGGCAGCAGGAACGCAUCGGCCGCAGCCUCAAACGACUCUCUGAGGAGCUGUACAGCAAGGACACCCACUUUGUCCUGGAGCUGAUCCAGAACGCCGACGACAAUGAAUAUGAGGCAGGGGUGGAGCCUUCCUUAGUAUUCCUGGUGGACAGGUCUGAGGUGACUGUCUUGAACAACGAGGUUGGUUUCUCAGAGAGCAACAUCCGGGCUCUCUGUGAUGUCGGGAGGAGCACCAAAGGAAAACACAAGCGAGGAUACAUCGGUCACAAGGGCAUCGGAUUCAAAUCAGUGUUCAGAGUGACCGACAAACCUGAGAUCACGUCCAAGGGCUAUCAUGUGUGCUUCGAUCAGAGUUCCGAUCAGAUGGGUUACAUCUUGCCCACCUGGGUAGGGCCUGAAGAGAUCCAGGAUGUUGCCCAGAUGGAGGAACCUACCAAACCCUGGACCACCCGGAUCACCCUGCCGUUGAAGGGAGACUUCCAGCGAACCACCAGCCUGGUCAACAAGUUUGAGGAUGUCCAGCCUUCCCUACUGCUGUUCCUGAACAGACUACGAUCAAUUGUCAUCGUUAACCAGGAAGAGAACACGACAAGCCAUAUGAGCAGAAGAGAUAAAGGAGGCAACGUUGUGGAGAUCCGCCACUCCAAAAACACUGACAACUGGCUGCUCAUCAAGAAAUGCUUGGAUGCUACUAAGUUACAGCGAGUGGGCAUUGAGUCGACAGAGUUGGGUCUAGCCUUCCCUCUGUCUGACGGCAUGUCCAGCGAGCAGAACGUCUUUGCUUUCUUACCACUGAGGAGCUACGGUUUCCACUUCAUCAUUCAAGGUGACUUUGACAUCCCAUCAUCUCGGGAGGACGUGGAUGCUGACUCUGCCUGGAACCAGUGGCUCCUGCGGGAGAUUGCGCCACUCUUCAUCAAUGCCCUGGAAACCUUCAAGGCACAUUACCAUGGCGAUCCCGUCCAUGCUGUCUGCCAAUUCCUCAAGUUCGUUCCUAUGGAGAGUCAGAUUCUGACGGACUUCUUCCGGAAGGUGGCCACCAACAUCCACCAGAGAAUGAAGGCCACACCCUGUAUGCCGGUACUCACUGGCCAAGGAGAAGAUGAUGUUUGUUGGAAGUUGCCAUCAGAGACCCUCAUGUGUCCAGACCGUAGCGUCCGGGAGUUGGUCUGUGAGUUGGUUCCAGAGGGCACUUUACGAGCGCAUCUGAGCUGCUCCUACCUGCAUCCGCACGUGGCGAGCUCUGUCAGCGAGGUGUUGCUCAAGAGUCUGGGAGUCAAGGUGCUACAGAUGGGGGAGCUGAUGAACAUCCUGAGCAGUGUGGCACGGGCAGCUAAACAGACAGAGGAACCGUUGUCUCCUAAAACCGUGGCACAAUGGCUGACCUGUAUCUAUCGCAGCCGCGACAAGUAUGACGUAUCCCAGGGAACACUGGACCAGCUACGAUCCAUUCCCAUGAUUCCACUGUCAUCGGGACAGGUCGUCACCAUGGAGGAGGGCAGCGUGUUCUUCCCUAUCAGUGAGGAAGACAGGACCAACCAAUCACAAGGCCAGAUUCCAUCAGUAGCUCACAGCCAGCCCUUACAGGCCUUAGAGGAGGACAUGUGUACUUUAGACAGCCGAGUCCUGACCAGCCUGGACAGCGUGGCCAACUCCCAGGUGGUCCAGCUGCUUGAGGAGCUAGGAGUCCUUCGCAUCAGUCCUAGAGAUGUGAUUGGCCACCACAUACUGCCGGUCAUCCAAUCCGAUCAGUGGAAGGACAAGUCCCGUGAUGUUCUGGUUGGCUACGUAGUGUACAUCAAAGAACAGCUAGCCAGGCAGCCAGAUGUCUGUGACUUGGACAAGAUAGCAGACUGCAUCCACGUUGUGACCAACCACGGACUGAUCCAACCCAGGGAGAGACCUGUUCACUUCACUGUGACGUAUGGCAACCCUGUUGACCUUAAUCAAGCCCUGCCAGGCUGUGAUUGGGUUCUGUUGAACAGUUGCUACAUCUUCCAUAAUGGGCCUCAUAGUCUGCAGCCCAGUGAGACUGCGUCAUGGAAUGCUUUCUUCAGUAAGCUAGGGGUGCUGAACUUUCUAGCUGUUGAGAACAAAGUACUGACACUGAAGGUAGAAGAACUAGAUGGGACACCCUGGGAAAAUCUUGGCCAAUUCUGGGAGAAACCAACAGAUGGUGUCUACAAAAUCCAUGAUAAUGCUUGCAAAGAAAUUGAAGAGUUGGUCCAAGCGAACCUGGAAAUGUCUGCCAUGCAAAGUCAGCGACGGUGCCUUCUUGAGAUUCUUAACCAAGAAUGGAACAGAUACUAUCCUGCUUUCAUGGGGGCUGAAGUGUUUGAUCAGUCUGGGACAAAACUUGCUAGCACUGAGUCCAGCUUUGCAAUCUACCUGAAGACAAGCCCUUGGCUGCCUUCAACUCCGAUCAGAGAGGAGAAUAAUGGUCAGGUGGUGUUUCGAAGGCCUGAUGAUAUCUUCAUAGAUUCAGUUAGAGCACGAGAGCUCCUGGGUAAUCAUGUUCCUUACUUGGAUGGCCCUGUCCAAGGGGAUGGAGGCCCCAUGUUACAGUUCAUUGGAUUGAAAACCAUUGGAGUACUUGAUGCAAACUUCAUGAUUUCAAAGCUGAAGUCGUGGUGCGGUGAUGAGGGCCAGUCACCAGAUCUUAGAUCUGGAACCCCCUUCUGCACCUCCUUGAAACACAUCGUCAGGGUGUACAAUUACUUGGAGCAGAACUGCCUUCACAAGGAGCUCAAAGAGUUAUUCAGUGAUCACAGAGUUGUGUUUGUCCCUCAUCAGAAGGCAAUAUACGAGUUCCCUGUUCCUGGCCACUUUGUCCACAAGUCUCUGGUUUACUGGCAGGAUCCUUCAAGUCUCUUACGGAAGUAUGCCAACUUGUCCAACCGUGCUGAGCUGUGUACACUUUACACCAAAAACAUGGAGGACUUCUUUCUGAGACAGAUCAAUAUUGACAGUAUGCCGACCAUCAAAGAAUAUGCCCAGGUCCUGGUGCACUGCGCUGGGGAUAUUACACUUCCGGACAAUGCUCGUAUCAAGGAAGAAGUCUUGGUGCUCUACAGCACACUGGGGCUAAAGUGUUCUGCAUCAAGCUCAAGUAGACAUAGCCAGUAUUUGGAUCAACAUGCAGCAGGGUCAGUGCAGCAGCAACCAGAACUUGAGUUAAGUUCUGUCCAGUUCUUGAAAAACAUCCUAGAGGGGCAAGCAGUCUUUCCCACUUUGGGCAACAAGUGGGUGACAGCAGAGGAGAAGCCCCUGAUCUGCGACAGCAAUUCCAAAGACAUCCAAACGCUGUUCUUGGACAAGAAGGAGGUGCAUCUGUUGAAUUUUGGAGAUCGCAACUGUCUUGGCUGAGUUGUUGAAGGCAUGCCUGGGUCAGUGAACCGACAAUACGUGGAUGUUUUCCUUGAGGUAUGUGGCAUCAAGAUGCUGUCGGACUGCAUCAAGGAAGAAUUCAUCACCGAACUCACAAAGCCAUCUCCACCACUCCAGCUUUUCCUCCAUGAUGUCUGCCCCUACAUCCAGCUCUACAUGGGCAUGCAGCGCAUUGUCAAGAAGGAGUUCGAGUCCACCUAUGAGAAACUAUCGACCACGAUGAACAUCGCUGCCAGGUUGAAAGUCGUGCGCUUCAUGUCAGCCAAAAAGAUUGACAAGGUCUACCGUUUCACACAUGACCCCAGUGUGUUUGCAGAGCAGAGCGUUGAGUGUGGACUCCAGGAGCUGACAGAGUUCUACAUAGUGACAGGCAUCUCCAAGAAUCUGCGACAGAACAGCAAUGUGAGGCGAGAGGUGGCCAAACUCUUCAGCUGCGAGAGCACUGAGGUCCAAGAAGCAUUGUUCAGUUUCAUUGGCAGUCUGCUCCUAGAAAUGGGAUCCAAGCGGGAAGAAUCCGGAGAGAAAGGAAUCAAUGAGGGCAUCUGCAAGGCCUUAGGGCUGACCUUCCCUCGAGAGGACGAUAAUGAACCGUGGGAGGUACCCAAACCAUUCAUCCCAGAGGAAGUUGUUUUCAAACCUACCAAAGUCAAGCCACUGACUGAACCCACUAAGCCACAGCCAUCAGCCAGUUCACUGCUUGAGGGUGAUGACGAUGCAGCUAUCCACAGCUGGCCACCUCGGUCGGGGACCUGUGGCCCACAAAAAUCGACAAAAGCUGGUGGCCAGCCCAGGGAUGAAGAAGCUGUCCUCAAGAUGUGGCCUCCUCCCCAGCCAUUAAUCAGUGCUCAUGGACAGGUAGUUGGACAAGGAGGUCCAGUACAGCCCAGACCCGCCCAGGCACAGCAGGAAGCCUUGCCCCCUAAUGAAUCCUCAAGUGAUCCCACACAGUUGGCUAAAAACAUGGAGGAGCUCGAUUCAAUAGAGGAGGAUUCCUGGCAGAGUGCAUCCUUGGGAUCAGGAGUGGUGAAAGAUAAUGGCAAUGGAAAUGAUGCUGAGGAAGGCAUUCCAGCACCAGAGAGGGUCAACGAAGAGUUUCACAGUCCGCCCCAGGUCCAGCGUUCAGCAGCCCUACCUCCUCCCUCCACCAGCAGCGUCAAGAAAUUCUUCUUACCGCCUAAUGCUGAGGGAGAGGCCAUUGAGGUGGAGUUUGAAGAUCUUGCUCCUGGUCCAGCCCUUCUGGAAAGCCUGGAAGGUCUCAGCCUACCUCUCGGAGACAACCCAGACACGACAGAUAUCGCACGCUGGGGAGAGCAGCUGGUGUACCUCUACCUGCGCCAACAGGCUCAGAGAAUGUCACCAGAAGCGUCAGAGAUUACAGUCAGGUGGAUCAAUCAGCAGGAUGAGACAGGGGAGCCGUAUGACAUCGUCAUCAGCCACGGCACCCAGAACAUCUACGUUGAAGUGAAGUCGACAAUCAGAGACCAGAAGCAGGUUGUGGAGAUAUCACCCAGGGAGGUGGCCUUCGCUCUGGAGAAGGGUCAGGCCUUCCACCUGUACCGGGUGCUCAGUGCCGGGAACAAGAGUGGGGUGAGGCUGUGUCGUCUGCAAAACCUAGCCCUCAGGAUGGACAGGAAAGAAGUCAAGCUCUUCAUGUACCUGUGAUGAGCAGACAUACACAAGUGUGGGGGGGGGGGCUCAUUCCCUCUAAAUGUCUAGUGCCCAGGUGCCUCUCCCCUGAAAAAGUCAAAUUGCCCCAGCCAACCAAGACAAAAUGUGGUCUUCGAUCAGAUGGUCAAAUGUUCCUCAUAGGAAGCUGUUAACCCAAUUUUACCCCCUUCCCCGAUAGAAAAAUCCAGCAUACUCUCCAGGCCAUUAUGUGGUCACUCCAUCUACCCUCAUUACAAAAUGAUAAUAAACUAAACUGCUGCAAACUGCUUACUGACCGGAUUGACAUGAAGCUGGUCUAACGUUUCAGUCUUUAGCGAGACCUUUCUCAAAGGCAAGUGACCGUGGUACAGAAACAAACAUGUAGGGGACACAUAAGCAUCACAAAAUUAUUGUUAUCAGAGAAACUAUGUAUUAUUUCCUCUGCCUGAGCAAACAGAUAUUUGAAACAGCUCCCAAAUAAUUGCAAUCAAUUUAGACAUUCCAAUGUUAGUAGUAGAAAUGUAUUUAUGAAAUGGUGGUCUGAAGGAUCAGGUUUUUUUUUUAAUUUUUAGUUAGGGGUACCACCAGAGGUCUUUCAGUAGUGUACAGGUCUUAUGGGUUAAAGUUUGCGACUUGUGAUUGGAGGGUCCGGGGUUCAAAUCCAACUGGCCAUUAUUAUACUGUGCUCUUGCUGUAGUCUAGGCACUUCAGCCUCCAGUGGUUCUCUCCACCCUGGAGAAUAAAUGGGUACCAUCACUAAAUGUUUUACUAUUUACUAUUUUUAGUGUUUUCUGUAAUUGUAGUUUUAAAUGAAUUGUUCUGUAUAAUUGCUGGGCACCUCUGGAAAACAGUGUACCACUGAGAGGUUUCCCCAGGGUAAAUAAGAAAUAAAUAAAUAAAUAAAUAAAUGUUAUUUGGCUUAUUUGAUGUGUAUUUUCACAUUUUUAUACCAGAAAAGUGUUGGUAGAUAAAAAAAAAAAGGUUUGUAAUUGAAAGCUUAUGUUUAGUUUAGGCAUAGUGUUCUAAAGACCGCUUGUCAAUGUCAUAAGUUUGAAACAGUGGAAUUUAGACACGGAAUAUGCUCAUUAUUUUAGUCAAGGACUUACAAUUUUAUAUUUUUUCAUUGUAUUUUCAAUCAAGUAUCAAAUACUAAAAAUAAUGAAUUUUAAUUCCUAAAUAAAACGGCAUGUAAUAUUUUCAUCGGAAACAUACAUAUACUUUUCCAUACAAAUUGGUAAACGUCUAUAUAAAUAGCUUGAAAGGUAAUAGACACCACUUGCAAACAUUACAAAAUUAAAAUGUCAAAAUAUCAUGAAAUACCUCAUUGAUUGCAAGUAAAUAAUAGAUCAAGCAUCCUGUGUAAUUAUUACACCUAAUAUGCUGUCCUUUUUUCUUUUUUUUUUUUUUUUUUGAAAAGAGGACUUGCCAUCAUUUCCUCGCGAUGAUUAGGACCCAACCAUUGUUCUUUCAACGGAAAUCUAAUAAUCUAUGCUUUGCGUCAUGAAAAUAUGAAGAUAUAUUUUCACAGUUUUUUUCAAAAAGUAUAUUUUACUGAGCUAAAUUUUUGACAGGUUAUAUGUUUAGUAACUUGCUUCAGAUUUAUUGUAUAGACCUUUCUAUUGUUUGAAAACAUUGAGCGCCAUUUUCUAUGGGCUGCCAUAAGUGCAUUAAUUGAAGCUGUGGUUGGCAACAUUUUAUUUAUUUAUUUCUUAUUUUAACUGAGUAGCCCAUUCAGUGGAAUCCACUGAUCUCCCAUGGGUCCCAGUAAAGAGAAGACAAUGUGGAGAUUACAUAUUUCCUCAAAAAGUCCUCAUCAUAACGCCUCAUUUGAAGAAAAAGGCAUGUUUAUGAAGUAUUUUGUUACGUUUGUUGAUUAUUUUGUAUUCACAAUUCAAAUCAUAUUUGUGUCAUCAAUAAUAACAAUUCUUCAUUUUUUUGCAGUGUGGGCCUUCCAUAGUUUGGCAACCCGUGGUUGGCAACAUACAUGUUGCCAACCACGGGUUGGCAGCAGAAAGGUCGAUUGUUGCUCCUUGAAUCGGCAGAAACUCAUUUUUGCAAAUGAUUUUCAUUACCUUAAAAACAAAAAGGGGAAGCCAAAGAAAGUGCCCUUAUAAUAUGAAUCUACAUUUUAGCAGUUUCUUUUUCAAAAUAAUGUAAUGUGUAAUAUUAACAAAAUGUUAGAACUUUGUUCCAGCUAGACUAGAAAGUCAAUAUGAAACGGCUAACAGUAAUGUCUUCUAAAAUAAGUACUAUGAAUUUUAUGGAAGUUAUUUUAGAAAAUUUAAUGCAGCAGUCUUUUGUGAUACAUGUAUAACAAUUGCUGUUAAUAUCGGAUCUUUAAAAAAAAAAAAAGAGGUACGAAAUGGAAUUGCUCAUAUAUCCACUCUAGUGUAAUCAUUGGGUGCAAUUUAUAAUUUAUUAGCAAAUAUAAUCUAUUUGGGAUAGAGGUUCUAGAUUAUGAUUUAAAAUAUGAUAUGGGUACCGGUAUGUGCGAUUUAUAUAGCAGACAAAAAUAAACUACAAGGAAACACAGAAA